AUGGAGGGCGAAGGCAACGCCAGCUCUACAGGACCGGGGGCGAUGCCGCCAAGGCCAGUAGACACAGCCUCUGCAGCUCCACCAGCACCGCCUGCCAUGGCAUCUCAAGCCCCAGCAGCACCAACAGCCACAGCUGCUGCUCCCACCGCGCCAGACAGCAUCCCCAGGCCUCCUCCAAAGCCGUAUGAGUCUGCUGCCGCACCAGGAAGCAGCCCUGCCAGCUUUUCCGAGCCUUUCGUCCCGAAGCAGCCGGUUCGGGAGGACAUGGUUCGGCAGGCCGUGAGCUUCCUCUCCAACCCUAAGGUCCGGAGCUCCCCGGUUCGGUUCCGCCGAGCCUUUCUGGAGCGCAAGGGCAUGUCAGCUGAGGAGAUUGAUGAAGCCUUUAGACACUGCCCUGACCCCUCAACAGGGUCAGAGGACGUGGAGGUGGGCUCGUCUUCCCAGCCCCUGCCUGCUGCUCGCAAGACCCCUGCUGCCACCACCGCUGCUGCUGCAGAGCCACCUGCCGCUGCCGCUCCCCCUCCUCCUGCUGCUGCUGUUGCUCCUGGUCCGCAGCAGCAGGCACAGGCGCAGCAGGCGUUUUCAUGGUCCAAGCUGGCAGUGGCUCUGGCUGUUGUGGGGGCGGGCACUGCCGGAACAGCUGCCGUUGCAAAGCGACUCGUGCUCCCGCGCCUCAAGACCUGGCUUCAGGAAACUGCAGCACAGGAGUCGUCCAAGAAAGGCAAGCGCCGAGACAAGCAGGCAGCGAAAAAGAUCAGCAAGGGGAAGAAGGCGAGCAGGCGACGAGGGCAGGGUACAGACCCAGACAAGCCGGAGGAAGAACAGGAGGAUGGGAAGGAGGAGGUAGAGGCAGAGGAGGAGAGGAGCAGUGACAGCAGCAGCAGCUCUAGCAGCAGCAGUGAGUCAGAGACAGGGGAUUCAGAGAGUGAGGAGGAGAGGGGGAAGGGUAGGAGGGGGAAAGGAAGGCGCAGUGGAGGGAGGAAAGGGAGGAGGGGAAGCAGGAGGGAGCGAGGCAGCAAGGAUGAGUCACAGGCAGCACUGUUACGGGCAUUAGAAGCCAUGACUGCAGAGGUGCAGCAGCUCAAGGCCGCCAACGCUGCUGGCUCUGCUGGUGCUCCUGGUGCCGGUGUUGUGGGAGCAGCAGCGGCUGGCAUUGCUGCUGCGGGCUCAGACAUGCGCUCUGCCGUGGCAUCUCGCCAGCCCACCCAGCAGCACAGCAGCGACGCCCCAUACACCCAGUCCUAUUUGGCUCAGUCCUACUCCCCCCAGCCCUACUCUGCCCAGCCGUGGCGGCCGUCGAGUGCCCCCUCGCCCUCUUCAGCCUCUUCUGCUCUGGGCGUCGGCAGUAGCACUGCCCCUCCUGGUGCGCCUGGUGCGCCAGGUGUAGGUUCAUCUGGUGCAGGGGCAUCUAACGGCCCUCUCCAUCCCAAGUCAUUUUAUGAGGUGAUGGAAAUGGUGAAGCGGGGAGAAACGCCACCAGGAAUCAAGGACAUCAACGACAAGCCCUCCAAUCCCGAGCAGCCCCCGUCUGACUCCCGCCUGACUCGCCCUCUCAAGCCUUGGGAGUCUGGAGCAGCACAGCAGGGACCCGGCACCACCUCACCAGCAGCAGCAGUGCCAGCAAGAGGAGCAGCAGGAGCAGCAGCAGGAGUAGGAACACGAGCAGCAGGAGGAGGGUUCCCAGCGGGGGGUCAAGCAAGCAGGCCACAGUCUGCUGGCAUGAGCUCUGCUAACCCGGCCUACCCACCCAACCAGCCAUACCCUUACGGACCUAGUCAGCCUUACACAGCCAGCCAGCCGUACCAAACCAGUGCCCCAUACACGAGCAACCAGUCGUACCAAGCCAAGCAGCCUUACCAAACCAACCAGCCAUACCAGCAGCAGCAGCAGCAGCAGCAGCAGCAGCAGUUUGGGCACCCGUCUGCUUACAACCAGGGUGCCAUGGGUUCAGCUUAUGGGGCUACUAACGGGGGUGACUAUAACGGAGGGAUGGGCUAUGCUGGUGUGAGUGGUGGUGCUGGUAACGGCUCUGUGGAUGAGGCUCCCUGGUCCCGCCGCCCGCCUGCCACGUCAUCAUCAGCUGCUGCUGCUGACUCAGCAGCCGCAGCCGCUGCCUCUGGAAUGUUCUCCAAUUCUCCCAGUGGAGAAGCAUCAGGGGGUGCAGCCGUGGAGACAGAAGUGGGAGCAACAGUGGGUAUCUCAGGUGGCUCAUCAGGUGUCCCAUCAGGUGUCCCAUCAGGUGUCCCAUCAGGUGGACCAUCAGGGGGCGCAUCAGGUGGAGGGGGGUGGAGGCCACCAGCACUUCUGAAGCCGGUGCUGCCAGAAGCAGCCACAGCCAUCCGCCAUUCUCCGCGCGCAGCAGCCGCGGGGGAUGCGGGUGACGCCCCGAGGGAGCAGGCGGAGUGUGUGUUGGUGGGCGCGGGCGUGGUGCAGCGGGAAAAGGAAAGGGGCGGGGGAGCGGAGACUGGCAGUUACAUGCCAUUGCCGGGUGUGGUGGCGGAUUUUGAGGCGCAGGCGAGGGAGCAGGCGGAGUGUGUGGUGGUGGGCGGGGGGAUGGUGGGGCUUGGAGGGGAGAGAAGCGGGGGAACAGCCCCUGGCGAGGCCGUUGCAGGGCUGGCUAUGUCGCCACCCGUGGAUUUCGAAGCGCGGGAGAGGGAGCAGGCGGAGUGUGUGGUGGUGGGCGCGGGCGUGGUGGGGCUGGCGGUGGCGCGCGCGCUGGCAGUGGCGGGGCGGGAGGUGGUGGUGGUGGAGGCGGGGAGCGGAGUGGGGGGCGGUAUCAGCUCGCGCAACAGCGAAGUGAUUCAUGCGGGGCUAUAUUACCCACAUGGGUCGCUCAAGGCACGGCUGUGUGUGGAGGGGCGGCGGCAGCUGUAUGCUUUCUGUGAGGACAGGGGGGUGCCACACCGCAGGGUCGGCAAGCUGGUGGUUGCCACGUCAGCAGACCAAACUCACGCGGAGGGCAACGGGGUGGAGGGGCUUCAAAUGGUGGGCAGGGAGGAGGCAAGCCGGGUGGAGCCACGAGUGGAGUGCCAGGCUGCGCUGCUGUCGCCGCACACUGGCAUCGUGAACUCACACGCACUGAUGCUCGCCCUUCAGGCAGAGGCAGAAGCAGCAGGUGCUGUAUUCGCUUUCAACUCAGCCGCAGUGGGCAUUCAGGCCAACCCAGCCGACCGCUUCCCACUCCUCACCACCAUCCGAACAUCCUCGCCUACCAGCAGCAGCAGCACUGCCACUACUACCACCAUCACCAGCAGCAGCAGCACCACCACCACCAUCACCACAACCACGUUGCUGUGCUCGCGCUAUUUAGUGAACGCAGCUGGGCUCGAGGCUGUUCCUCUCGCUCACCGCACCCACCUCACAGAGGCUCCCAUCAAACCGCAACUGCCACCCCUCCGCCUCCCUCCUCUCUACCUCGCCCGAGGGCAUUACUUCGCCCAUUCUGGCCCACCACCCUUCUCCCGCCUCGUGUACCCGCUGCCGGAGCCGGGGGGCCUGGGCGUGCAUGCCACCGUGGACCUCGCCGGUCGAGUGCGGUUCGGCCCCGACGUGCAGUGGUUGCACGCGGUGCCACUCUCUGCUGCCCAUGGCAUGCCCAUCAGCUACGACUACUCAGUGGACCCUGCAAGGGCCGAGUCGUUCUACUCGGCGAUCUGCAAGUACUUCCCGACACUGCAGCCCGGCUCUCUGCAUGCGGACUAUGCGGGCAUUCGACCCAAACUCACCGGCCCGGGGGAACCCGCUGCUGACUUCUUGAUUCAGGGCGGCUCUCUACAUGCGGACUAUGCGGGCAUUCGACCCAAACUCACUGCUUCUGGGGAACCUGCUGCUGACUUCUUCAUUCAGGCCUCAUCCACCUUCUCGGCAUAG